CCUCCUCCGAGCCGGCCCGGAUCGUCUCUCCGCGCCAUUUUCAAACUGACCUAACGCCGGAGCCUGAGUCUGGGGCGGAGAAAGCCUGCGAGGGAGGCGAGGCCCGAGGGGCGAUGCGAUUGUUGGCGGAGGGAGCGGCGGCCAGAGCUGCGGGACUUUAAUUUUUAACGUGAAUUAAAUUAGUUUUGGAAGUCAAGAUGACUACAGCUGCAGAAAGAAAAUAUAUUAAUAUUAGAAAAAGAUUGGAUCAGUUGGGAUACCGACAGCCUCUGUCAGUGGAAUGUUUGCCUUUGGUAGAAAAACUUUUCAGUGACCUAGUUCAUACAACAGAAAGUCUUCGGAAAUCAAAAUUAACUGCUGUGAAAGCCGAAAAAGAAAGUGCUAAUUUUGAUUUUGUUUUGGAGCCUUACAAACUUGAAAAUGCAAAAUUGAGCAAGGAAAACAAUGAAUUAUACCUGGAAUUAAUGAAACUAAGAGAACAUUCAGAUCAACACAUUAAAGAGUUAAAAACUACUUUGAAGAAAUGUGCACGGGAAACAUCUGAUCUGAAAUUUUUAAAUAACCAGUAUGUUCAUAAACUCAAACUUCUAGAGAAAGAGAGCAAAGCUAAGAAUGAAAAAAUUCAACAACUUCAAGAAAAGAAUUUGCACGCUGUGGUGUUAACUCCAGGUGGAAAGAAAAGAAGUAUCGCUUUCAGGCGCCAGUGUAUGCACAUAGAUGAGCCAGUCCCUCCCUCUGAAGUCAGUUCAUACCCAGUUCCUCAGCCAGAUGACCCUUACAUUGCGGACCUCCUUCAAGUGGCUGACAAUAGAAUUCAAGAACUUCAAGAAGAAGUCUACCACUUACAAGAAAAGUUAUCAAUGAUGGAGAAUGGACUGAGGAAUUACAACAUGCAGAUUGAGCUCAGAGAACGUGAGAUUGAACGUUUGUCACUUGCAUUGGAUAGUGGGCGCUCUCCUGAUAUCCUUUCUCUGGAGACUAGAAAUAAAAACAAUGAAAAGCUUAUUGCUCAUUUGAAUAUUCAGGUUGACUUUCUUCAACAAGCUAAUAAAGGUCUGGAGAAGCAUAUACAAGAGCUUAUGGAAACCAAGCAAACAGUGACUUCUGAAGUUGUUAAUUUAAGUAACAAAAAUGAAAAACUCUGCCAAGAAUUAACUGAAAUAGACCAGUUAGCACAGCAGUUGGAAAGACAUAAAGAAGAAGUACUUGAAACUGCUGAUAAAGAACUUGAGGAAGCAAAGAAAGAGAUUAAAAGGAAGCUCUCUGAAAUGCGGGACCUUGAAGAAACAAUGGCAAAACUUCAACUGGAAUUAAGCCUGUGUCAUAAAGAAAAGGAGAGACUGAAUGAUGAACUUCUUAUAAAAUCAGACCUAGAAACUGUUGUUCAUCAGCUUGAACAAGAAAAGCAAAGACUUACCAGAAAAUUGGAAGGUUUUGCUACUACAGAAAGAAAACUUACUUUGGAAGUUGAGAGGAUGAGGGUAGAGCAUGGAAUAAAGCGUCGAGAUAAGUCGCCUUCUCGUUUAGAUACAUUUCUGAAAGGCAUUGAAGAAGAACGAGACUAUUAUAAGAAAGAGCUUGAAAGACUUCAACAUAUAAUACAUCGAAGAUCUUGCUCUACAGCAUACUCUUUACGUGAUAAAAAUUCAUCAUACAAAACACCAGAAAAGGAUGAUUACAAUUCAGAAAUUCAUAUGAUUGCAAGAGAAAGAGAUGAACUUCAACAUAUGCUAGAAAGAUUUGAAAAACAUAUGGAAGACAUACAGUCCAAUGUUAAAUUAUUGACAGCAGAAAGAGAUAAACUAAAUGUCUUAUAUAAUGAAGCUCAAGAAGAAUUAACUGCACUAAGAAAAGAAGCCACUCAAACUGUAGCCUCCCAUAAUAUUGUUAGUCUUAUGGAAAAGGAAAAAGAACUUGCAUUGUCUGACUUAAGAAGGAUUAUGGCAGAAAAGGAAGCCUUAAAAGAAAAGUUGAAAAGUCUCCAGGAAAUGAAUCAUUUUGGAAAAUCAGAGUUAGAGAAAGUGAUAGAGCAUUUGACGUGUGUUAAUCAUCAGCUUGAAGAGGAAAAACGUGAAUUAGUGUCUAAGAUGUUAGUAAUGAAAGAAACAAUAGAGUCAUUAGAAAGUAGAAUGAAAAUUCAAGCUCACAAACUUAGCCAUGCAGCCGGUGACACAUCUCAUCAGAAAACAGAGUUGAACUCACUUAGGAUAGUAAAUGAGCAGCUACAGCAGUCACUUGAUGAUUACCAACACCGACUUUCCAUAAAAAGGAAUGAGGUUGAAAUAGCCCAAGCACAAAUUAAAACACUGGAGGAUAAAAUAGAUCAGCUGCACCUUAAGAUGACCACACAGAAUGAGGAGGCCCAUGUAAUGAAAAAGACCAUUGGUGUUAUUGAUAAAGAAAAAGACUAUCUUCAGGAGACUGUAGAUGAAAAGACAGAAAAGAUCGCAAACUUGCAAGAAAGCCUAGUUGGCAAAGAAAAAGCUAUUACUCAAAUGAAGGCAGCAAUCUCAGAGUAUGAAUCUUCUGUGAACCAACUAAAAGAAACACUGACUAAUCGGGACUGUGAGAUAAACAGUCUUCGGCGCCAGCUUGAUGCAGCUCACAAAGAACUUGAUGAAGUAGGAAGAACUAAAGAACUGUCUUUUAAGGAAAACAGAAGAUUACAAGAUGAUCUGGCUACGAUGGCAAGAGAAAACCAAGAAAUCUCAUUGGAAUUGGAAGUAGCAGUGCAAGAAAAGGAAGAAAUGAAGAGUAGAGUUCAUAAUUACAUAACUGAGGUGUCACGAUGGGAGAGCUUGAUGGCUACUAAGGAAAAAGAAAAUAAAGAUUUAUUAGAUAGAUUCCAGAUGCUUCAUAGCCGUGCCGAAGACUGGGAGGUCAAAGCUCACCAAGCUGAGGGACAGAGCAGCUCAGUUCGACUGGAACUUCUUUCUGUUGACACAGAGAGGAGACACCUUCGAGAAAGAGUGGAACUAUUAGAAAAGGAAAUUCAGGAGCACAUAAAUGCACAUCAUGCUUAUGAAUCUCAGAUCUCAUCAAUGGCAAAAGUCGUGUCUAGGUUAGAAGAAGAACUGAGGCAGCAAGAAGAUGACAAAGCAUCAGUGUUAAGUGAUCUGACAUCUCUUAGAGAACUUUGCAUUAAGCUUGAUUCAGGCAAAGAUAUUAUGACCCAACAACUAAAUUCCAAAAGCCUUGAGUUGGAAAGGGUGAUGGUGGAAUUAGAAAAUGUAAAAACAGAAUCAGACUUGUUAAAAAAACAACUUUCAAGUGAGAGACAUACAAUCAAAAACCUUGAAACAUUGUUGGCUACAAACAGAGAUAAAGAAUUUCAGUCUCAUUUAUCCUCCCACGAGAAGGAUACAGAAAUUCAGCUACUUAAAGAGAAGUUAAACCUUUCCGAAAGCAAAUUAAAUAGUCAAGGCCGGGAAAACACCAUGCUUCGGACUAAAGUGGCACAACUACAAACAGAUCAUGAUACUCUGAAAAGGCAGAUUUCAACUGAGAGAUUUGAACGAGAACGAGCAAUCCAAGAGAUGCGUCGACAUGGUCUUUCUACACAACCCCUUAGUUCUACUUUGAGGUCACCUUUACAGUCUCCUGAACAUGUGAAUUUAUAAUUAUCAAAAAGAAUGGAUGACUUAUAAUGAGUUGAAUUUUCUAAAGGACAGAGCAGUAAUGAAAUAUUUGAAGUACCUGUUACUGAAAAUCAUGAGCAUUGACACAGAUUCUACCUCUGUCAACUUUUAUUUAAAUCAGUGAAUAUUUAUGUAAAAUUUUUGGUUUAAAAAGAGCUAUAUCUUCAUGUAUAUUUCCCUAUGUGCAACAAAGCAAAAUAUGUACUAAUAGUACUAUAUGGUGCUUUAUCUGUAUUUUUAUUAUUCCUGACCUAAAUUACUCCUCAAAAUGUGUUGAUACUGUGAAUUAAUAUAAUGUUUUGUUCACUUUAUACUUUAAUAAGUUUUUGCUUUAAAAGCCAUGAUAUAUGAAAGUUAAUAUUCUUACAAUACUUGUUUUUUAAAGUGCUUUUAGUUUUUAUUCCUGUGUUUAUAACCUAUGUCUUUAAUGCAUUCACAAAAUAUUGUCACCUUUAAUCUCAUGGCACUUUUUAAUUCACCAAUUGCUCCCAUUAAUUCACCAAUUGCUCCCAUUGUGAGGUCUUCUGUAGCAGAGUCUUAAAAUAGCAGCGAUUUCAUAAGAUAUGAUUACCACAUAAACUGUUACUGCCAGUCAGUGGAAAUGUUAUGGGAAAGCUAUCCUGGCUGUCACAUGGACUCCUCACAUAAGACAAAUUCUAUCAAAAUCAAACCAAAAGUUAAAUUCAUAAUUUUGUGAAACAAUACAACAGUGUACUAUAGUAAAAAUUUUAUUAAUUUCCCAGUAUACAUGCAGUCUUAGUUUUUUGUUUCUAAACCUGUAUGUUACAAUUUGUCAGUUUUCUAGAAUAAGUAUGUAACUACUGAAUUGAGACAUAGUAAAUUUUUUACAACUUUAAAAAAGUUACAAUUUUAAAACUGCAAGCAUUACACAUCAAAUAUUAAUAAAGAGAAUAAAACUACAAAACAGAAUGGCAGCUAGAAAAUUUAAUAUUUGAACCAUACAUAUUUGAAGAAAAUCAAGUUAUUCUUACUAAAUUUAAUUUUGAUUGAAAAAACUUAAAAACUAACAAAGAAGUAGGAGACCAAUUAUUUAAGUACAUUUUGUUUUUCCCUGUGGUUUAAUAAAAUGGAGUUUGCGUGUUUGUAUAUAUGUUUGUGUGUAUUUGGGGGUGGGCACUGUUCUUUUUAUAAAGUGAAUAUACUUUACAUUGGUUAUGCCACUGAAUAGUUUGGUGUGCAUAUGGGUAUGAUGUAGCUUACCUCUAUCAUCUCUGUAACUAUGUAUUCCACCUCCUCUGUGUAAAGGCAUAUACCAUAGCAAAAUAGAAGAGAAAUGGGACUAUUUGCAAUGCCAUAUGUGAAAGUCUUCUAAUAAGUAUGUGUAAAUAAAAUCAAAGUAUUUGUCCCCACCUUACCCAAAAGAAGUUAUAUUUUAAUAUUUAAUUAACAUUUUAUAUAAUUAAAAAUGUAUGUUAAUACAAUUGUUAUUUUGAUAACCAUGAUACUAUAAUUUUUUUAAUUAUUUUAAAAUAUUGAAUGUUUUGACCACUUAUAGAUGUUUUCAUUUGUUUUAAAUCAUUUUAAAUUAUGGAGCUUGACAUAGAUUUUCCAAUAAACUUUCCAGUCUAUUUUCUCUUUCUUACAAUUUUUUUUUAAUGAAUUGGUAGUAUUCCUAAGUAUGAAAUUUAUUUAAACCAAAUUUUAUCCUCGUGAAGCAUGAGAGUUAGUCUUGAACAGGGGUGAUAGGUAUUUUUUUGAAACUUAUCUUUAUUCAAAAAUAUAAGAUUAUAUUUUCUAUUUGUAAUGCAGCUACAAAAUGGUUAAAACAGAUUUAUAUGUA